AUGUCAGACACACUUGGAUCAUAUAAUUAUACAUCAGAACAUAUCAGUUUCAUUCAACAAGAGAUAAAAAACUAUUUAGAAUGUGAUGAUGUCUUAUCUGAAUACAUUAUUGUUAUGGUUAGAAAUAACAAGACAAAGAAAGAGAUCUCCGGUGAUCUAGCUGAUUUCCUAUCGAGUGAUGCUGAAGCAUUUGUAAAUUGGCUGUGGAAUUUCAUUAGAACCUACUUUGUUCAGAAGGAAUCGACACCGAUCGCCGGUGGAUCCACCGAUCAAUCUUCAAAGAAGCCAACAUCCAGACUGCUGGCAAAUGCAGUACGACAAGCAACUGAAGACACAAAGAAUGCUAUUCCAGCGGGUGAUAUCGAGUUUCAAGAUUCUCAAGAUUCAGAUCCAUCCGACGUCAACGGUGGUUACAAAAAGAGAAACAACAACUAUAACAAGAAUAUCAAUAAUAAUAGCUACAACAAUAGCAAUAACAACAAACCAUCGAAAUACAGUCAUAGCAAUACAAAUAAGAGUACAUCUUCACCACCCUCUUCACUCAAAGUCACAUUCAGCACAUCGCCAUCCGACAACCGAAAGAGAAAGAUCAACACUUCCAUCGAUGAAGAUCUGAUAAACAACAGCAACAGUGCAAGCGUUGCCACAGAGGAGGAUGCCGAUGAAUCCGAGACCAUCAGAAACACAAAGAAAACCGACAAAAAAGAGAGAUGCACAUAUUGGCCACAAUGCAAGAAUGGUGAUUCUUGUCCACGUUAUCAUCCAACAAUUCAAUGCAAUUUAUUCCCUAAAUGUCCAUACGGUGAGAAAUGUUUAUAUAUUCAUCCAUCUAUUCCAUGUAAAUUUGGUCCAACUUGUGCCAACUUUAGUUGUCCAUAUAAUCAUCCACAACGAACCAUGCACGCCUUCGAACAUGCACCAGUGCCAUGCCGUAAUGGUUUUGCAUGCCCAAACAAAAAGUUUUGUUCAUUUUCACAUCCACCAAUUGCUUGUAAAUAUGGUGAAAGUUGUGCAUUUGGUAAGAAAUGUACUUUUUCACAUGGAAAGCCUUGUAUGUAUGGUGUAUCUUGCACAACUCCAAACUGUACCUUUAGCCACAAUCCCAGUACCGAUGUUAAUCCAACCUUUAUUCAAAAAGAAUGCAAAUUUGCAAAGGAAUGUACAAAUGUAAAUUGCAAAUACUUACAUCCAGAAAGAGAAAACACUGACGCUUUGUCAAGUACUUUGCCAUCGACUCCACCAGCCCAAGAAGAUGCCAUCAUCACUGAUGCCAUUGAGACAGUUCCAGAAGUAUCAAACUAA